AAAGACUCCUCAAUCUCCGGCACUGGAGGAUGGAUGAAAUGGGCGGAGCGUAUAUGCUCAACUUUUUGCUGUUGUCUGGUGAUAUCACAAAACAUAACACCGGGCGUAAUAUGAAGCUUUCCGAAAUCACUCGCUUUCGAUCAACAUUCCGGGCAAUCUUUUUGACAGGCACGAUUACAGGAGCUUAAUAAGCAUGAAGACUGAACGGAGGGAUGCCAGCAGAGCCCCUCAACCUACCAGAAUAUUGCUGUUGUCAACAUCACAGUAGUCGCCGAUAGGUCCCUGAGAAGGCCUUCUUGCAAACCCUCGGAGCCAUGGAACAUAAACUACAACAGAGGGACAAAAACAGGCCCAGCUACUUUGGCAACGUCAAGACCAGACUGGGGUCCAAGCUCCCUCCUGGUGUUGCUCAGCCCCCCGGCUUCAUCGCCGGCCCCUGGGAGACAGGGCCUCAGACCGGCCCAACCAAGGAGGCCAGGGACAGCGGUCAGUCCCACCGUGCCGUGGGGCGUCCCUUUGACCACGUCCGCCACAUCCGGAACCCCCAACUGCGCCGGUAUUACCUCCAAGAAGCUACAUGGGUACCAGAGCGCGCCACAGCUAAAUCCAGGGAAGAGGGUCAACCAUCUGAUGACAAAGCAGACUGUAUGGCCCACCAUGAAGACACUGUGUUCAGUGUCACCUCCCAGUACAGUAGCCUGGGAGAUCAGACCAAGCUGAACAGGCAUCUCUCCACCUCCUCCUCCCUCAUCUCCCGGGAGCACCUCCGCGUUCCCAAGAGUAAAGGCUCUGGCCAAGGCUCACCUCCCGUGGCGACGCACCCUGACCCCGACCUCAGGCUGGAGCCAGAGUUGGACACUGACCCAGGGCUUUCUCCGGCCCCAUCGCCCAGCCCUCACUCCCCGUCACCGGACACAGAGUAUGAUAAGUUACUGGAUGUGGAGGCAGUGCCAAUGCCUGAUGGACAGAUCUGCCUACUGGCCCUCCCACCUGAGUGUUCCCUGGGGGAGGGGCCAGCGGCCAUGCCGUACCUCAAGCUCUUCUGCCGCUACAUCACUGACCGCAAGGGUGUGGUUUCUGGUAUCUUGCUGGUGACGUCCAAUAAGAUGUUCUUUGACCCUUGUAAGACCCACCCGUUGGUGAUAGAGCACGGCUGUGAGGAGUACCUGCUGUCCUGCUCAGUGGACAGCCUGGCCUCGGUCUCCUUCUACUCUGACAUCUCCCAUGUGCACUUCAACUCCUCCACACACAGGUGGAAUGGAACUAAAAACAUACAGAAAACUGGCUCCAAAACUGUCAAGAUGCUCGAGCAGGGUGGGAGGCGAAGCAGCAGUAGCCCUCCACACCACAAGGGGGAGACUGUCCCAGCACUGGUGUCUGCUGCUACAUCAGAGCUGAGGUCUGCCCUGGCUCUGAGCCUGGUCCAGGGGUUCUCUGAGGAGGAGAGGAGCAGUGACAUGGCUGAGUGGCAGCUGGAGGGGAAGGGUAGUCCGCUGGAAGAGCUGGCUGUGCAGUCAUCCAGGACUGUGGGAGGAGCUGUGUUGAGCAGUGCUGCCACCUUCUGUUGUGGUGGACAAGAGGCAGCAGGGACAGGGAAUAAAGUGAGGAUGGAGCUGGUGGACAGAGAGGGUACAAAGAAGCAGCAGUCUGUGAGGAAUCAGACACCAGGCCCCUCUAGACUGUCUUCAGGGACUUCUGGAGGUCUGGUGUUUGUCAGGCUGCGACUCCAGCAAUCCACUGGGAAGAAGAAGGGUGUGGCUGCAGGCUUGCUGCUGGGGACAAACAAAACCUUACCCCGGAGGGACUCCUGGUUCGCCUUCUCCCAGGAGAGCUCAGAUGAGCUGUAUGCCUACAUGAACCACUGGAGGCCUGGCCUGUGCAUGCUGGAGGGAGGGUCGGAGGAGGGCGAUGAGGAGGAGUUUGUACUGGUUGAAGACAGAGAAGAGGAGGAGAAGGAAGAAGAACAGGAGGUGUCCAAGAACCAUGGGCGGACUGGGGAGGACUGGGAGCUGGUGACAGUGGAGGAUGGUAGAGGGAGACUCCCCCUGGACAUGGACAAAGAUCCAGAGGGACUGUGUGAGAUCGUAGCCCAGAGUCGCAUCUUAGACGCAUCGCUUGUCAGAGAGCUCUCAGUGGAACUGCCACCCAGGACAGUGGGCCACACGUGGCAGCUGGCUUACAGCACGUCUCGUCACGGCUCCAGCCUCAAGUCCCUCUACCGGAGGCUGAAAGGCAGCGACUCGCCUAUACUCAUGGUCAUCAAGGACUCACUUAAUCAGGUGUUUGGGAGCUUCCUCUCUCACCCUCUGAGGCCAAGCGAGACCUUCUACGGCACCGGAGAGACAUUCCUCUUCAUGCUGCUUCCUCGCUUCAAGUGUUUCAAGUGGACUGGAGAAAACUCCUUCUUCAUAAAGGGAGACCUGGACUCUUUUGCUAUCGGAGGAGGAAGUGGUCACUUUGGCUUGUGGCUGGAUGAGAUGCUGUACCUGGGCAGGAGUAGCCCCUGUUACACUUUCAACAACUGCUGCCUCUCGGAAAGAGACGACUUCCACGUCAUGGAGCUGGAGGUGUGGACAUUCUGGUGAAGACAUGAACUCAACUCACCUCGCCUAGCAACACAUACUGACUCUCUCUGGCUGUCCAAUCACUGCAUUAAACAGGACUCUAGAAACCAUAUAUUCUAGUACAA